AUGGCUGCACAACAACAAGAACUAGAUGAGAAGAACCCAUUCUAUGAGUUAGUAGUCAUUUGUAGUACUUCUGGUCAAUUUGACCAAACCGUAAAUUCGUUCAAAGAUAUUAUAAAAAAGUCUAAGUUAGUAUGUAUAAAAGACUCUGAGUUGUUAGAUUGGAUAAAGAAGUACCAAAGAAGAGUUUUGAAGUACAAUGCUAUAAAUGAGUAUGUCAAUUCGAAGUUUAAAGACCCAAAUGAGGAAAUGCAGAGAAUAUUAGAGAAGAAACACUUCAGAAACAAACAGAAAGAGAUAGAAUACAUUUCGAAGAAAUUGCAAUCUUACGAUUGGAAGACUUACCCUCACAGAUGUCUUCUUAUCUUAGAUGACUUUGCUUCUCAUCCUUUGUUAAAGAACAGAGAACAAGACAUGUGUCGAAUUCUUAAGAAGCUCAGACACUUUAACAUCUCAGUUGUCAUUUGUGUACAGACAGCAAAGAGUUUAAGUAAGGAUGUUAAAAGAAUACUUACUGAUAUCAUACUUUUCCCUGGAUUGUCCGAAGACGAUUUCAUGGAACUUAUGAAAGAGUCCAUGGCAGGUAAGUUUGACAGACAUGAACUAUGGGAGAAGUACAAAGUCAUACAAGACCCUCAUACUUCUUUCAGAAUUCACAUCUACGCGAACAAAGUUCAAAUUGUAAAAAGUCAAGCUUGA